AUGUCGCCGUUGAAUGAUCAGACGACGUCGAUGUCAGCCUUUGGCUACGUUUCAUCGGAACCAAGUAGUGAAGAUUCACGAAAUGAAAGGAUCCUCCACUGGCUAAAUAGCCAGGGGGACCCGGAUUUCGAAAACGACAACCACAUCAGAACAGGCGCUGAGAUCGUGAUACGGAUAAAGGGAACUGAUGGACAAGCCGAUGAAUAUGUUCAUCUACGUCCUCCGAGAAGUAAUAUCGAUGUAGAUUUCGAAUCUUCCACGGGGACUGUUACCAUUAGAGAAGUAACAACGGUACCAGCAGCAGAAACAAUGGAGGGAGAAGUAGAGCAACAAGGCGAAGCUGAAGAAGGACUGCACCCCUCCACAGCCGGUCCCAUGCCAGAGGCUACAAAGCCUCCCCAUCUCUCCGUCCUCCUGCGCCUCAAUCGCAGCAUAUGCGAACUUGUGGCACUGGAAGAACUCAACGACACCUCCCUACUCCUCAGCAUCGAUAUCAUGGAUGGCCAGCGGCUCAGCACAGAAAACCAUCAAUACGGCUUCAUCAGUGGGCGGGUCGUGAGCGCGCUGGAAAAUGUCAUGCGGCAACCACGGCAAAUACGCGCGAUGCAGAUUCUACUCCCUGCCUCACAGAUACCGUGGAAAUGGACCGCGACGACUGUGCUGGUGACUUUUGGCAAGAUAUCCGGGCGCGAGAGGAGGAAUAUGGGUCUGAUUUACCAGCGGGUUAGGGAGUGUCAGUACCAGAUCCAGGAGUAUGAUAAGGUGGUUCCCAAGGAGAAAAUGUUGGGGGAGCUGGUGGAGCAGGAAGAGGUGGCUGUGAGGAAUUUGGAGAAGCUGGACGUUGGGGAGAGGCGGGAGUGGUUGGAAAAGUAUGAGAGGAUUGUUGACGAGCAGGCUGUUGUGAAGACGAGGGAUCAGUGGGUUCUGGAGGGGGAGAGGCUGAAGGAGGAGCAUAACGCGCUGAUGGAUGUCGUUGGGGGCUUUACCAAGGCUGCGGAUGGGCUUGAAGAGCUUGCGCGUCGGGACAAGGAAAUUUAAAGGGCUGGGUGGGGAUGCAAGGAAUGUGCUGUUGGGUUGGAUCUGGGUGGGGUGGGAUGCUCUUGGGUUUGAGAAGAAUGAAAAGUUAGUCUAGCACGUUUCUCUGUCUGUACCUAUUCCGUCCGCAUAUAUGUUCUUUGCAUUCAGUUUGUAUUAGGCGGCAGGCAACUCCACUCGUUCGAGGAGGUAAGCCAGCACUGUGAUAUUAUUAGUAUUGUUGUUGUUCCUCCAGCGAGGCUGCCAUCAAAAAAAUGUACAGAUCUUCCACCACUUGAACAUCACACCACAGAGGGCUCUGGGAUAUGGUUUGAUUAACUACAUACAUCCAUCAGUUCGGUUGGGCAAU